CUUCUGUAUGAGCUCCUCAAUCUGGUGCCGGUCUAGUGGUAUGGUGGAUUGCUGCAAGGGACACACAACAUUGGAGAGGAUUCGCAGUGUACCCUCCGAGCCACCACUUCCCAUUUGUAGCAACACUCCAGGGUUGUCCCAGACCUGCACUGCUCUCCGGAAGUCUGAGACAGGCACGCGCAUCGUCCCAUCUUUGUCGAUGUUCCGAAAAAAGUCCCAGAGGCGCAAUUUGCGCUCAUCAAGAUAGAAGAAAGAAGGAUGGUCCCUGGAGAGUGGAGGCCAGCUGUUCUGUCAUGAAUGGCAAGGGUGUCUGGGAUAGUGAAGGACCUGUGACGCCAAGGCCCAGCGAGGAGCAGUCAGGCCAGCAGCUGACUACUGGCGGCAGUGAUCAGGAGGAGAGCGGAGUGGGAGGGGGGGCAGCCCAGGGGGAGCAGCAGGAAAGGGUGGUUCUUGCUGUGGGUGGAAGGGCCCAGACUGUAGACAAGGAGGAGGUAACUCGAGGCGAAGUGGCCCCAGAGAGAGCUGUUCUCCUGCCUGAGGGAAGUGGUCCAGAGUCGGGGAGUAAGGAGGCUAAGCAGGAAGGCCCAGCUUUGGAGCCGUGGGGAAAUGGGUGUUUACAAAAAGAGGGGUUAAUGGGUGUGGAGGAGCAGGGAUGGGAGUCUGCUUGGGAUGGAGCGGGAGGGUCAGACUCCAGUGGGCUCCAGUAUGGGCGGGCCGGUGCUGGCAUGCCCUCCCCUUGGGGGUCCAGCACUCUGUUCUCUGACACCGGCAGUUGGGUCUGGGCGGGCUGUGUGCAGCCGGCAAGUGGGGGCUGGCACUUCUCCUCAGGGCCUGGGCUGAGCCAAGUCGUACACUGCCCACCCUGUCAAGCCCCAGUCAUGACCUAUAACCCCCUGGCCAAGGAGAUGGCGCCGUUUGAAGUGACUUGGAGGGUGUGGGAGGACAUCUCCAAGCCCCAGGAGCCCACGGUGGGGCCCCAGGGCCCGUUCGAGUUCACGGUCAUGUCCUACAACAUUCUGGCCCAGGACCUGCUGGAAGCCAACCUAGAGCUGUACAGUCACUGUUCCCCAGGCGUUCUGGCCUGGGAUUUCCGACUCCGGAACAUUUUGCUCGAGUUUGACAAGUGGAAACCAGAUAUCAUGUGCUUACAAGAAGUCCAGGAGAACCACUAUGCUGAAGGUCUCCUGCCCAUACUGACAGACCGGGGCUAUAACUGUGUUUAUAAGCGUCGCACCGGUACCAAGACGGACGGGUGUGCUGUGUGCUACCAGAGGUCCCGGUUCUCCCAGUUGUCGGCCCGCCUGGUGGAAUUCCGGCGGCCUGAGCUGGCGCUGCUGGACCGGGACAAUGUGGCUGUGGUGUUGCUUCUCCAGCCAGUGGUCGCACGGGGGUCAGGGGUGGCGGCCCAGGGGACUCCCAUCUGUGUGGCCAAUACGCACCUCCUUUUCAACCCCAGGAGGGGCGAUGUAAAGCUGGCCCAGCUGGCUGUGCUCCUGGCGGAGAUCGACCAUGCGGUGAAGCCUUGGAGGUCCAGUGGUUCGCCCAGUCCUAUCAUCCUCUGCGGCGACUUUAAUGCCGUCCCCAACAUGCCACUGUACCAGCUCAUUACCACGGGGCAGCUGUACUACCACGGAUUGCCGGCGUGGAUGGUAUCAGGGCAGGAGGAUUUUUCCUACAAAAUGCAUCACCACAUACUGUGCGCCCCCUUGUGGCCGAGCGAACUGGGGAUCAACGACAACUGUCAGUAUGUUCCUGGCAGCAAGAGGCAGGCGGAGGCAGACUCAUCAGGGAGAAUCCGGUACAGCCACAGUUUCCUGCUUCAGUUUCGUUUCUGUGAGGCUUCCCUCGUCCGCUCCCCAGACCUAGACGUGAUACCGGGGGUGACAGACGCUACUCCAGACCCCUCCCUGGAAAAGCCGUGGAAUGUUCCAAGAUUUAGGAACGUUCUCCACCAUGGGCUGCACCUGCAGUCGGUUUAUAGCCCCCAUGUGAAAGGCACAGGCAGACCUGAGGUCACCACACUGCACUCGAACUUCGCCAGCACGGUGGACUACAUCUUCUACUCCCAUGGCCCCGCUGAUGCCCGUGACCAUGCCAAACAUAGAGGGGGCGGAGCCCAGCAGGGAGGGGGCCUGAAACUGAUUGGACGCCUCACCCUCCUGUCACAGGAGGAUCUGUGGCCAAUGAAUGGACUGCCCAGUGAGAUCUUCUCGUCAGACCAUCUUUGCCUACUGGCCAAAUUCCAGCUUGGACUGGACCACGCGUAAUGGAAUGCCCGAUGUCUGGCCGUUUUGGUGUUGGCAUAUCAGGAAAGGGAGCCACCUUCUGGUUUAAUUAAGGUUUGCGCAUAUUUCAGUCUUUUUUUGCUUGGUUCCUCUCCAUUGUUAUAUAUGGAAGGUCACUCCCAUUACGUACCCCUGUAAAAUAAGUAAUGAACAACGUAUUAUGUUAAGUCAGACAGUCUAUGGUCUGUCACAGUCAAGCCUUGUUCAUAAAAGUUUUUGUGAAGGAA